AUGAUCCGGUCACUGAUAAAAGAAUCAAAAAGAGAAAUAAAAAACAACGAAAAACAAAAGAAAAAACUCAAGAAAAAGAUUGAACAAAAUGGGAAGUUUACUCGGAAUGAACACAAGAGACUGGGACCAUAUGUAUGCGUCGCUUUUAAAAUACCCUGGGAAUCUCUUAAAAUCCCUAAAAAUGACCCUGCUGUAAUCAUUCUCAGUCAAUCAGAUGAAUCAGAACUUGAAGUAAAAUCAGAACCUUUACCUAAAGUUGUAUCUGAGCCAGCACUACCAGUUCUCUAUUCAUCUGAACGCAUUAGUCGGAUGACUGUAGAGGCUUGCUACACUGAACAUUUUUUGCACCUGGCUCGUCGAAGCGCGUGUAAAACUGGUCGACGGCUUGAGAAUCGUGACAAUGGAGGGUCUCUGAUGCGCAAGUACGAGCAACGUGCUAAGGAUAAGGUUGAGACUGCCAUGAAGAAGACUGCGGGAGGCCGUCUUCUUGGAAUCAGUAGCCGGUAUUAUGUGCCACGGCUGCCACCUCUAAGUGAGCGAUCCAAAAUCCGGACGGCAAAGGACUUUGUGUGUGAAGCAAGACGUGUGUUGGAAGGGACUCUGUUUGCAGAUGAAGAACACAGAAACUUGCGGCAGCUCAUGUUUAAGUGGAAAGCAUUGGACGUGUGUCUAGAUGAGCUUGAAGCACUUGAGAAACAACCAAAACGUCCCAAUGGGCUUCGCAUACAGUAA